AUGACAACUAUACCUCCUACAACAACUGCAGCACCUACGAUAAUUGCAGCUCCUACGACAACUGCAGCUACUACAACAACAACUGUAGCUCCUACAACAGUAACCGUAACUCCUAUGACCACUACACCUGCUGUACCUACUACAACAACCACAACUACAGCUCCUACUACAACAAUUGUAGCUGCUAUGACAACCGCAACUGCAGCUACUACCACAUCUACAACUGUAGCUCCUACGAUAUCCACAACUGUAGUUCCUAUGACAACCAAAACUGCACCUACUACGACAACCACAACUACAGCUCCUACUACAACAAUGGCAGCUGCUAUGACAACCGCAACUGCAGCUACUACCACAUCCACAACUGUAGCUCCUACGACAUCCACAAAUGUAGGUCCUACGAACACUACAACUGCCACACCUACUUCGAUAACUACAACUGCAUCUCCUACGGCAAACACACCUGCAGCUCCUACUACAGCCACUAGUGCAGCUCCAACUACAACAACAACUGUAGCUCCUAUAUCCACUACAAGUGUGGUACCUACUACAACAACCACAACUGUAGCUGCUACAACAACAACUGUAGCUCCUUCAACCAGUACAACUGCAGUACCUACCACAACAACCACAACUACAGCUAUUACUACAACAAAUGCAGCUCCUACGACAACCACUGCAGCUCUUACUACAAAAACUGUAGGUUUUGCGACCACUAUAAAUGCUGCACCUACUACGACAACCACAAUUACUACAACAACAACUGUAGCUCCUACAACAGUAAUUGUAACUCCUAUGACCACUACACCUGCUGUACCUACUACAACAACCACAACUACAGCUCCUACUACAACAACUUGCAGCUCCUACUACAACAACUGUAGCUCCUACAUCCACUACAAGUUCAGCAUAUGCUACGACAAUCACAACUCCUACUACAACAAUGGCAGCUGCUAUGACAACCACAACUGCAGCUACUACCACAUCCACAAAUGUAGGUCGUACGACCACUACAACUGCCGCACCUACUUCGAUAACUACAACUGCAUCUCCUACGGCAAACACACCUGCAGCUCCUACUAUAGCAUCUGUAGCUUCUAUGCCCACUACAACUGUCACACCUACUACGAUAACUACAACUGCAUCUCCUAUGACAAACACACCUGCAGCUCCUACUACAGCAUCUCUCCUAUGACAAAUUUGGCUUCUACGACCACUACAAAUGCAGAACCUACUCCAACAACCAUAACUGCAGCUCCUACCACAACAAUAGCACUCGUACGACCACUACAUCUGAAGUACCUAUUACAACAACCACACCUGCAGCUCCUACGACAAGAACUCUCCUACGACCACCACAAAAGCAGCACCUGCAAUGACAACUGUACCUCCUACAACAACUGCAGCUCCUACGAUAAUUGCAGCUCCCACGACAACUGCAGCUACUACAACAACGACUGUAGCUCCUACAACAAUAACUGUAACUCCUAUGACCACUACACCUGCUGUACCUACUACAACAACCACAACUACAGCUCCUACUACAGCAAAUGUAGCUCAUAUGACCACUAA